GCAGGGCCGCUUCAGCUCUCGUAGUAGGAAGCUUGGCUCGUGAGGACCCGCGGCGGGGCGAAGAUGGAGCCCUUUACCAAUGAUCGACUUCAGCUUCCAAGGAAUAUGAUUGAAAACAGCAUGUUUGAAGAAGAACCGGAUGUGGUAGAUUUAGCCAAAGAACCUUGUUUACAUCCUCUGGAACCUGAUGAAGUAGAAUAUGAGCCCCGGGGUUCGAGGCUACUGGUGCGAGGUCUUGGUGAGCACGAGAUGGAUGAGGACGAAGAGGAUUAUGAGUCAUCUGCAAAGCUGCUGGGCAUGUCCUUCAUGAACAGAAGCUCAGGACUUCGAAACAGUGCAACGGGCUACAGGCAGAGUCCAGACGGCUCUUGUUCACUACCCUCUGCCAGGACCUUAGUGGUCUGUGUUUUUGUCAUCGUGGUUGCUGUCUCUGUAAUCCUGGUGAUUUAUCUACUGCCUAGAUGUACUUUUACCAAAGAAGGCUGCCACAAAAAAAACCAGUCAACGGAACUAAUUCAGCCACUUGCCACAAAUGGGAAAUUGUUUCCAUGGGCACAAAUUAGGCUUCCCACUGCCAUUAUGCCUCAGCGCUAUGAACUUAGCCUACAUCCAAACCUAACCUCAAUGACAUUCAGGGGUUCUGUGACAAUUUCACUUCAGGCUCUUCAAGCCACAUGGAAUAUCAUUCUCCAUAGCACAGGACAUAAUAUUUCAAGAGUGACAUUUAUGUCAGCAGUUUCAAGUCAAGAAAAACAAGUUGAAAUCCUAGAAUAUCCUUAUCAUGAACAAAUCGCCAUUGUUGCACCUGAAGCCCUUCUAGCAGGGCACAAUUACACCUUGAAGAUAGAGUAUUCAGCAAAUAUAUCUAACUCUUAUUAUGGAUUUUAUGGCAUCACCUACACAGAUAAAAGUAAUGAGAAAAAGUACUUUGCAGCAACUCAGUUUGAACCUCUGGCAGCAAGAUCUGCUUUUCCCUGUUUUGAUGAACCAGCAUUUAAGGCUACAUUUAUCAUCAAGAUCACAAGGAAUGAGCAUCACAUUGCAUUAUCAAAUAUGCCUAAGAAGUCUUCAGUCCCUGCAGAAGAAGGACUUAUUAAGGAUGAGUUUUUUGAAAGUGUGAAAAUGAGCACGUACCUGGUUGCUUUCAUUGUAGGGGAGAUGAGGAACCUGAGUCAGGAUGUAAAUGGAACCUUGGUUUCUAUAUAUGCUGUACCAGAAAAGAUUGGUCAAGUUCACCAUGCCUUGGACACAACUGUAAAACUCCUUGAAUUUUAUCAAAAUUACUUUGAAAUUCAAUAUCCACUUAAGAAAUUGGAUUUGGUGGCCAUUCCUGACUUUGAAGCAGGAGCAAUGGAAAAUUGGGGCCUGCUUACAUUCCGAGAAGAGACUCUUCUGUAUGACAAUGACAGUUCUUCAGUAGCAGAUAGAAAACUGGUUACUAAAAUCAUUGCUCAUGAGCUAGCACAUCAGUGGUUUGGUAAUCUGGUUACAAUGCAAUGGUGGAAUGACCUGUGGCUAAACGAAGGCUUUGCGACUUUCAUGGAGUAUUUCUCUGUGGAAAAAAUAUUCAAAGAGUUCUACAGUUAUGAAGACUUCCUAGAUGCUCGAUUUAAAACUAUGAGGAAAGAUUCCUUGAAUUCAUCCCAUCCAAUAUCAUCAUCUGUUCAGUCUUCAGAACAAAUAGAAGAGAUGUUUGAUUCUCUUUCCUAUUUUAAGGGAGCAUCUCUCUUGUUGAUGCUUAAGACUUACCUUAGUGAAGAUGUGUUUCAACAUGCUAUCAUUCUUUACCUGCACAAUCACAGUUAUGCAUCCAUUCAAAGCGAUGAUCUCUGGGACAGCUUUAAUGAGGUCACAAACAAAACACUAGAUGUAAAGAAAAUGAUGAAAACCUGGACCCUACAGAAAGGAUUCCCAUUAGUGACGGUCCAGAGGAAGGGGACGGAGCUCCUUCUACAACAAGAAAGAUAUUUUCUAAGCAUGCAACCAGAAAUUCAGGCUUCAGAUACCAGCUACCUGUGGCAUAUUCCAAUAUCCUAUGUUACUGAUGGAAGAAACUAUUCAGAAUAUCGAUCUGUUUCGCUACUGGACAAGAAAUCAGAUAUCAUCAAUCUUACAGAACAAGUGCAGUGGGUCAAAGUCAAUACAAACAUGACUGGCUAUUACAUUGUUCACUAUGCUGAUGAUGACUGGGCAGCUCUAAUCAAUCAGUUAAAAAGAAAUCCUUAUGUUCUGAGUGACAAAGACCGAGCCAACCUCGUCAAUAACAUCUUUGAACUUGCAGGCCUUGGCAAAGUGCCUCUUCGGCUGGCAUUUGAUUUGAUUGACUAUCUUAGAAAUGAGACACACACUGCACCCAUCACUGAAGCUCUGUUCCAGACGGGCCUCAUCUAUAACCUCCUGGAAAAACUGGGACACAUGGACCUGGCCUCAAGAUUGGUAACCAGAGUAUAUAAAUUGCUCCAGAACCAAAUCCAGCAGCAGACUUGGACUGAUGAGGGCAUGCCAUCUGUGCGAGAGCUUCGGUCAGCCUUGCUGGAAUUUGCCUGUGCCCACAGCCUAGAGAACUGUACCACUGUGGCCACAAUGCUGUUUGACAAUUGGAUGUCAUCAAAUGGAACUCUGAGCCUGCCUACUGAUGUCAUGAUCACUGUGUUCAAAGUUGGAGCAAGAACAGAGAAAGGCUGGUCAUUCCUCUUAAACAUGUAUUCCUCCAUGGGCUCUGAAGCAGAAAAGAACAAAAUACUUGAAGCUCUUGCUAGCUCAGAUGAUGUACAGAAACUUUACUGGUUAAUGAAAAGUAGCCUUGAUGGUGAUAUCAUCCGAACACAGAAGUUGUCACUUAUCAUCAGAACAGUGGGCAGACACUUUCCUGGACACUUGCUGGCAUGGGAUUUUGUUAAAGAAAACUGGAAUAAGCUUGUACAUAAGUUCCAUUUGGGCUCCUAUACCAUGCAAAGUAUCGUUGCUGGAUCAACUCACUUGUUUUCAACACAAGCACAUUUGUCUGAGGUCCAAGCAUUCUUUGAAAAUCAGUCAGAGGCAACCUUGCAGCUUCGGUGUGUCCAGGAGGCUUUGGAAGUUAUUCAGCUGAAUAUCCAGUGGAUGUCAAGGCAUCUGAAAACUCUGACAUUGUGGCUGUAGCACUCACAGCUGACCAUCUGGUUGGUGCCCACGGCUCUGCUGCUUUUGCAAAGGUUGAAGUGAAGGCAGGCCUGCUACUGAGCUGUUUGCACUGUUAGGAGUUCUAGUAAGCUCAGGGCCCAAUUAUGUUUUUCAUGUCUUUUCUGAAAUAUCUUUAGGCAGUAAGUAGUUAUUUAUUAUAAAAUUAUAUUCACCUACAUGCCAACCAUAUACAAAAACAAUGAGUAAUUUUCUUUGGACACACAAAUGGAGAAAAAUAGUCUUAUUUGAAAUUGUUUUAUUUCUUAGUGUCCAGAGAGUUACUGAUACAGUGCAACCAAGGAGAGUCUGCUAUAAGAGCCACCAUAUUUGCAGGUUGCUAAUUGGUCAGCUCUUUGUUGUUUCUUGUUGAUAGAUGCAUAUGGUAUGUGGUAGUUAGCCUGGAAGAGUCCAGUAACAAAGACAUUGAAGAUGAAGUUGUAGAAAACUGACCUCAGGUGUGCAGGUCUGCCCUUAUUGGUGGUUGGGGGGGGGUCAUUUAAAAUGGUUUAUAUCUAUAUUAUAAUUUAUCCUGAAGAAUAACCAGGUUCUAAAAAUUUUUCUUGUUUCUGUUAAAUUGAACAGAUAAACAGGCAGAAAAUUUCAGUUUUCCAAAUAUUUAACACUUUCUGCUUCAUCUUUAUGGCACUACUGUAGAGAGGUGUUCUGAAUUGAGUUAAUGUUAAUUAUUUUAUCCAUGAAUCCCAGUACCUCCCAACUUUAUACACCUGGUUAGUCCUACUUAGGUAUACUUUUUGCUAUAGAGGAGUAUUUCUAUGCUUUGGCAAGCUUUCUGUUAAGCACUGGUGUUUUUGCCAUUAUUUUCCCACCAAGAAUAUAAUUUGUUUAAGUUGCAUUUUGACCUAACAAAUCAUACCCUUUUCUCUGUGAAUCAUAACCACGUGUGUGUGUUUACUUUGUUACAGUAUAUACUAGAAGCAUUUCUCAAGAAAUUAAACUUUUUAUUUUGAAGUUCACCAUAGUACCUUAAAGGGACAGUGAGAAUGUGGAAAAGGAGUAAGUUGAAAAUGUGUUGGUUGGGUUAUGAAUUACUUUUUCACUGUUAAAAACAGUGCUUUUGUUUAGUUGGGGAAAAAAAAAAAAAACUUUUUUUUUUUUUAAUUAUGGCCAAACUAAUGUUAAACAGAGAGGCCAAGAAUCAAGCAAAGGAGAAGUAAGGGAAGGUGUCCAGAGCAGUGUGCGGGCGUUUUCACUCCUUCUGAAGGAGAAAUACUGUACUUGAAUUUUUUGAGCUAUGCAGACUUAUUCCUAGAUUGUUUUGUUUCUUUGAUUCUUAGGAGAGAAAUUUUCUUCUUAAUAACUCACAAGAACUCUAUAUUUGUUUGAAAACUGCCCGUGUAUAUAAAAAGGGAGUCGCUCAUUUGUAAACCCUGAAAACACUCCACAGAGUCAGACUAUACAAAGGCCACUUUUUUAUUCAGCUGUUGUAAAGUUAGAACAUGUGGAGUUGAAUACAAAGUUAUAGUUUAUUUUAUGAAAAUAUUUUUAUAUAACAAGACUUUAAUGGCUGAUAGACUGGAUAAAGCCUGCUUCGGCCCUAGUGUUUGCUCCCAGUUUUGUCUUUUCUAAACAUUUUUGUGUUUUUCAGUAGAAAAUGUUAUUCCUGAGAAUCACAGAAUCAUCUUGAUAUCCUCCUGAAAUAGUUAAUUUUAGAUCUUUAUUUCUCUUGUGCUUUUGGUAAAUGAAUGACAGUGUAGUUGAUAUUGAAGGUUAGUGGGGUUUUGUAUUUUUAGAGUGAUGGAAAAAUACUCUUGUGGGUUUUGGUUGCCUCUUUUGGUUUUUUUACCAUGUUGUAUUACUAAAUUCUACUUUGAUACAGAGUUUAACUUUUGCUACUUCUCAAGAUAAGUUCAAUCUUGAGAUUUACCUGCCCAUCUUUGAUUGAUCUUAAAUCUAGUAACUCUGCAUAUGGCAAAUCUUGUCUUAAAUAACACUUUUUUCCAUGUAUGAGUGUGAAUGUGUGUGAUGUGCAGUGUUGUAAAUAAAGCCUUAUGAAGGGUGUGUGCUUAAAACAAAA